UACUAGUCCAAUAAUUUGGCAUUGGUUGCUAUGGUGAAGGUGUUGAUUGUAGUUCGUAAGCAAAUUUAAAUUACCAAAAAAAUAUUUUUAUCAUUCUUAGCGUUCGAAAUUUAAUAUAAAGUAUACUGUUGCUUCAGUAUGGAUGAAAAUCUGAAUUCAUUAACAUCUGAAGAGACUACAUUUUCUGUUGAUGAUGUGAGCAAAAUUAUAAAAUCUGCUGUUGAAGAGGUAAUUGAGCGAAAUACGUAUCAACACAAUAAAGUAAAGCAAUGGGCUGAUAAAAUUGUGGAACAAAUUUUAACUAAUCUCAAAGAAUUAAACAAGCCUUUUAAAUAUAUUGCUACUUGUGUCAUUAUGCAAAAGAAUGGAGCUGGUUUUCAUACAGCAAGCUCAUGUUACUGGGAUAAUACUACAGAUGGUAGCUGUACAGUUAGAUGGGAAAAUAAGUCGAUGUACUGUAUUGUGUCUGUUUUUGGUUUAGCAAUAUAAUAUGUACAAGAUAUAUUUUUCAACUUUGUGUAAUUAUUACCUUACUGCAGACUAUCUUCAUUCCCUGGCAACAAUAACUGUAUAUGAUAAAUUAUUUGAUGUAUAUAUCUUUUAUUUUUUCAAAAGUAUAAUUUUAUGCUUACAUUUCAUUUGUAUGUAAAUAAUCCAAUAAAUAAUGUGCAGAUAUUUUGAAUAUAUUUCCAAACUUCAUGUAAAAAUGGUAGAAAAAUAUAAUGAAUGGGAAUUUUAGUUAACACAAUUUCAGUGAAAUGUCUCAUUAAAUGAUUUUAUAGUCUCAUGUUAAUUGACUAUACAAUCAACUAAGUAUAGAAUACUAUAAUAUAUUUAACCAUUUCUAAUCAUAUAUUAUGUUUCUCUUUAACUUUUGUUGUUUCUAAAUAUGCAGUGAUCUUGAAGCUCAUAAUGCCUUCAAGAAAAUUCAGCUUCCUGUACCUUGUUUCUUUUAAUAGUUCAAAUGCAUUUAAUUUAUGAAAUCAGAAUAUUUUUCUUUUAGGAUCAUCAUUCAAAGUAUUUCGUGUUAAAUAUUGAAUAUUUGUUGUUAUUAUUUGCUUCAGUAUCUUCCUUCAAUGAUGUUUUAUUUUCAAUGAAUAAAGAGUUGAGUUACCACUGUU